GAGGUCGAAAAAACUGGAGCAGAAAUGAUGAUCAAAUACUUCUUGAUGCAAAUAAUGAAGUAGAGGCCAUCUAACAAUUGUUUUUCUAAAGUCAAUAAAGUGAAAAAUAAAUACAAGUGACAACUUUGACGAAUGCCGUUUUGUUCAGACUUAUAGUCAGAGAUUCGUGCAUAUGACUGGGUCACUAUAGUCUUGUUUCCUUUUAAUGAGUGAAUUUUGUAGUGGAAAAAAAUCUGAAGCACGAAUGAUGAUUACUCAAAACUUCAUCUUCCUCUUCACUUGUUCAUCUCUCUUGAUUGUUUUCUUUCAAACUUGUAAUGCAUUCGACUGCACCCCUUCUGCGUGUGGCGUUAUUCGCAAUAUUAGCUCCCCUUUCCGCCUCAAGGGUGAUCCCAACCACUGUGGUGAUCGCAAAUACGAAUUAGUCUGCGAAAACAACGUCGCCUCAAUUCAUCUAAACUCCCAUAAAUACUUGGUGAAAACGAUCAAUUACAGUGACUUCACCAUCAGGCUUGCUCAUGUUUCCAUAAGCAAAAACACCUGCUCUUUUCCUAUGUCUUCUGCAUAUAAUUUAUUCGAUCCUUAUGUCUUGUAUUUUAAUCAGCUUAUUUUUUUUAUGAGCUGCGAGCAUCCAUUGCAAAAUUCUUCAUUGUCAACCCAAGUUACUGAUUGUGAGCAAGGAAGACAUACUUACAUAAAGGUUGGCAACAUGCGCCUCGCAGAUGUGGAGUAUAUGUGCACAAUAGUUUCCGUAGUUGCAACAGCUUGGAAUUUUAAGGUUCUGAAAAAUGUAUCGCUCUCAGAAAUCCAUCAAUCUCUGCUCUAUGGAUUUACUCUGUCUUGGAGUAGUAAUUUUCUUUGUCGAAAGUGCAAAGUUGGUUGUAUUCUGGAGGAGCCAAAUGGCACUGCUACUUGCGCUGAGCCCCAUUCUGAUCUCUAUUACCGCUGGGAUUACUUCAUGGAAUCCUUUCGACCCACCAGACCACCACAAUAUGAAGGUCCAAUUGCAGGCUGUCUCAUGGUUUUUAUGGUCAUAGUUGCUGUUGUAUUUGCAGGGGUAAGCAUUCCAGCAAAGAUCAUUAUUGGAUUUGGCACCUCUUAUUGGGUUGUUCUAAAACACUGGGAUCGCAGCGAUAAUCAACGUAUCAUUGUUGUAAGUUAUGAAGUAAGACUCAUCGUUGGAAUUGUUUGCGGAAUGGGGUUCUUGAUCUACAAAUUCCGAAGAAGGCGCUUGUCGGUGUACGAUGAAAUAGAAGGCUUCCUGCAGAGUGACAACACACUCUCACCAAUCAGAUACUCCUAUUCAGAUAUAAAGAAGAUUACGAGAGGUUUUCGUGAAAAACUAGGCCAAGGAGGAUUUGGUUCUGUUUAUAAAGGAAAGCUCCGAAGUGGGCAUCAUGUAGCAGUUAAACUGCUAGAAAAAUCCAGGGCAAAUGGGCAAGACUUCAUCAAUGAAAUUGGAACCAUUGGGAGGAUCCAUCAUGUGAACGUUGUCAAGCUUGUUGGAUAUUGUGCUGAAAGAUCCAAACGCGCCCUCAUAUUCGAUUUCAUGCCCAAUGGUUCCCUUGAAAAGUACAUUUUCAAGGAAGAAAAAGCAUCUUCAUUGGAUUGGGAUAUGAAAUUCAAGAUUGCAGUUGGAGUGGCUCGAGGAGUUGAGUAUUUGCAUCGUGGUUGUGAUAUCCAGAUCUUACAUUUUGAUAUCAAACCUCACAAUAUACUUCUUGAUGAUAAAUUCGUCCCAAAAAUAUCAGAUUUUGGGCUGGCCAAAUUAUGCUCCAUAGAGAAGGACACUGUGACCAUGACUGCUGCUAGAGGAACCAUAGGCUAUGUUGCUCCUGAACUCAUCAAUAGAAGCAUUGGCGGAGUAUCUUACAAGGCUGAUGUGUAUAGUUUUGGGAUGCUGUUGAUGGAAAUGGUUGGCUUAAACAGAGGGUUGAGGGGAAACAAUGAUGAUUCUAGCAAGUAUUUUCCAGAGUGGAUAUAUGACCAAUUUAACCAAGGGAAGGGCAUUGAAAUUGAAAAAGCAGAGGAAAAGAAUAGUAAUGGUGAUGAGAAUGAGAGUAGAAAGAGUCUUGUACAGAAGAUGACAAUAGUUGCGCUAUGGUGCAUACAGAUAAGGCCAGAUGAUCGUCCAUCAAUGAAUAAAGUGCUACAAAUGUUGGAAGCUGAUGUUGAGCGUCUGCACAUUCCUGAUUAUCCGCCUCAAUCAGCCCAUGUCGUUGGAAACGAGGAAGAGAGCUGGCAUACAGAUGCAACUGAUUCUGUAUCAUUGCUACAUUAUAACAAUGGGAGCAGCAUUGAGAUUACUAUUGUUUGAAUCUAUUUUCUCCUCUGUUUUUGCAUGAAAUAGGUUCCUCUUUUAUGUAUGAGUUUCAUAGCCUUCAUUGCUUCAGCGAUCUCUUCUACAGUGAAAAAAGUAAUACAUAUAUUGUUGUAGUUGUGAUUUGCUCACAAUCAGAUGUCAACUCAUCAUAAUUGAACUUGAUGCGAAUAAACUGUCCGGCUUCUCAAGUUUUGCGGUGAUAAAA